AGCAUCAGCACUGGAAUGGCCAUAGCUGGAAUAUUGUUAUUUCUAAAGAGUGUGCGACUGACAUCAAAAUUUACAAGCUCUUCAGAUAUUCCAGUAGAAUUUAUAAAAAAGAAUGUUAAACUACGUGGACGAUUACGCCGAAUAACUGAGAAUGGUUUAGAAAUUGAACAUAUUCCUAUUACUUUGCCUAUUAUAUCUUCAUUGAAAAAAGAGCCGUGUGGUGCUCUACUGGUUAAACUGGCCGGAGUGGAACUUACUGAGACCGGGAAGGUCUGGUUACAGAAUGAGCUAAAGCCGUCCCAACUGCUAUGGUUCCAGCUUCUCGGAAAGGAGAAUUCAGUGCUCUUUUGCUACCUUCUAGUGAAUAAGGGUGGAUAUUUUAAUGUGAGUCUGAAUGAAGAAAUUUUGAGAAGAGGACUUGGCAAAACUGUUCUCGUGAAAGGGCUAAAUCAUGAUUCUAAAAUCUACUGGAAAAUUCACAGAAACUUACUUAAAGCUGAAUUAGCAGCAUUAAAAAAGAGAGAAGGAAUAUGGAAGGAAGAAUCAGAAAAAGAAAGUUAUUUGGAAAAAUUCAAAGACUCCUGGAGAGAAAUAUGGAAAAAAGACAGUUACUUAAAAACAACUGAAUCAGACGUCAACAUGAAAAAAGAACGUUAUUUUGACAAAUUUAGAAGGACUUAUGAAAUGUGGAAAGACAACAUGAAUAAUUCCUCCUUAAUGCUGAAGUUCAGAGAACUUAUGAGUCGCAUACACUUUCAUAGAAAAGGGUGAAAUAUCCAAGACAUCUAGAAGGGGCCUACUUUGAAGAGUAAGAUAUGUAAAUACAUAUGGAUAUUUUAUUGAGUCAAAAUGGAAAUUUCCUUAAAGGAUCCAAAUUGUAGUCUUUUUCAAAUAUUAAAAUAAGAUGAUUAUUAUGAUUGUAAUAUCACAAAAACAAAUUAUGAUUACUGUAAGAUGUUUUCAGGACGAUGAAACACACUAUAAAGCUUCCAGAUUGAAGGAUUUAUAUAUGUAGUGCUUAUGUUUGAAGAAAACAGUUACGGACCAAUGCAUUAUUUUGGGUAUUUUGGGCCACGGUAUUUAAUUUUGUUUGAAGGGAAUAUUUAUUGUUUCAUUGUUAUCCAUUUUCAUUACUUAUAAUAAAGAAGCCUUUCAUAGCUUA